UCCAACGGCGACAAAGCUCGCCAACGAACAUCCCGAGUGGGCGGAGAGGUGCUCGGUCCAGCCAGCGAGGCCGGGCGAGCCCUGCUCUUUGACGAUUUUCAUGGCCGAGGUCGGCCUGGACGAUGCUCUGCUCGUACGCUGGUGUAGCUGGAUGGACCGGCGGUUGACUGCCGAGCGUCCCAACUUUGCCGGUGGCAGUCAGUUCAAGGCAUCCACGAUCGACUUCUCGGAGAACACGAUUUCCGUGAAGGGAAUGAAGGCCCUGUGCGACCUCCUGGAGAAGCACCGGGUACGGUGCGAG